CCUUCACAAGGCUCGGACCUGGUCCAUAUUAGGCAGCGCGGGUCAAUCAGGCCAGUCGCCAGCCUCCAACUGCCUGCCUGCCCUGCGCCCUCCGGACUUACGAGCGUCCUUGACAGCCACCAGGCCGGACAACCCCUGAGAAGGGAGAGGGGCCCUAUCUCAAGAGGGGGACAGCACUCCCGAUUGUUAUAAGACAUCUCUUGUUGUUUUGUGAGUAAUCAGAUAUACAAAUAGCCCCUCAAGAAUCAAGCUAAAUUUGAAGACGUCUUAGAAACAUUGGAGAGUCUAUCAUGGAGUACAAAAUUGAUGGGAAAGAAAAAUACCAACAUAGCUUGAAUUUACUGAAUAAAAUUAAGAACAUGAAAGAAUUUGCAGAAAUGAUUGAUGUAGUAGUCAUCGCAGAAGGAGAGAAAUUUCCUUGCCACAGACUGGUCCUGGCUGCUUUUAGUCCUUAUUUCAAAGCCAUGUUCACCUGUGGACUACUUGAAUGUACUCAAAGGGAAGUCAUACUUCAUGACAUCACAGCAGAAAGUGUAUCAGUUAUAUUGAAUUACAUGUACUGUGCAGUUUUGGAGAUCAAUAAUGCCAAUGUACAGACUGUAGCUAUGGCUGCCUAUUUUAUGCAGAUGGAAGAAGUCUUUAGUGUGUGUCAAAAAUAUAUGAUGGACCACAUGGAUGCCUUCAACUGUGUAGGUAUCUAUUAUUUUGCAAAGCAGAUUGGAGCUGAAGAUUUAUCUGAUCAAUCAAAGAAAUAUUUAUAUCAGCACUUUGCUGAGGUGAGCUUAAAUGAAGAAAUAUUAGAAAUUGAAGUGCACCAAUUUCUGGCACUUAUUAAAUCAGAUGACCUUAACAUAUCCAGAGAGGAGAGCAUUUUGGACUUAGUUCUGAGAUGGGUAAAUCAUAACCAAGAAUUGCGCAAAGAGCAUCUUUUUGAGCUUUUGAAGCAAGUAAGAUUGGAACUUAUAAAUCCUUCUUUUUUAAGACAAGCCCUAAAAAGGAACACAAUGCUUCUAUGUGAUGCAAAUUGCAUUGACAUAAUUCAAAACACAUUCAAAGCCUUCAAAACACCACAACAGCAUCCUCUAAAUCUUCGUUAUGGCAUGGAGACUACUAGUCUUUUGCUUUGCAUUGGCAAUAAUUCUUCAGGAAUCAGGUCAAGACGUAGGAACUAUGGGGAUGCCAGUUUUUGUUAUGAUCCUGCAUCACGGAAGACCUACUUUAUCUCAUCUCCCAAGUAUGGGGAGGGUUUAGGAUCUGUGUCUACUGGUGUUGUCAUGGAAAACAAUUCUAUAAUUGUGGCUGGAGAAGCAAGUGCCUCUAAACUCUCCAGACAAAGGAACAAGAAUGUUGAAAUCUAUAGGUAUCAUGAUAGAGGAAACCAGUUUUGGGAAAAGUUAUGCACUACUGAUUUUCGAGAGCUCUAUGCUCUGGGCAGUGUCCAUGAUGACCUCUAUGUUAUAGGAGGACAGAUGAAAAUUAAAAACCAGUAUCUUAUUACAAACUGUGUUGAUAAGUACUCUGUGGAACAGGACAAUUGGAAAAGGGUGUCUCCCCUUCCACUACAAUUGGCAUGUCAUGCUGUAGUGACAGUGAAUAAUAAACUUUAUGUGAUUGGAGGCUGGACCCCUCAGGUGGAUCUUCCUGAUGAAGAACCUGAUCGAUUAAGCAACAAACUGUUGCAGUACGACCCUAGCCAAGAUCAAUGGACAGAACGGGCACCCAUGAAGUACUCUAAGUACCGAUUCAGUACAGCUGUAGUCAACAGUGAGAUUUAUGUUUUGGGUGGAAUUGGCUGCAUAGGUCAAGACAAGGGCCAGAUUAGAAAGUGCCUGGAAGUGGUGGAGAUCUAUAACCCUGAUGGGGACUUUUGGAGAGAGGGCCCACCUAUGCCAAGUUCACUGCUCUCCCUUCGAACCAAUUCUACAAAUGCAGGAGCAGUGGAUGGGAAGCUCUAUGUCUGUGGAGGAUUCCAUGGAACAGAUCGCCAUGAGGUUAUCUCCAAAGAAAUAUUAGAGUUGGACCCAUGGGAAAAUCAGUGGAAUGUUAUAGCUGUCGAUGUCCUCAUGCAUGACAGCUAUGAUGUCUGCCUGGUGGCCAGGAUGAAUCCUCGAGACCUUAUUCCCCCACCUUCAGAUUUAGUGGAAGAAGGCAAGAAGCACUGAGAUCAGCAUUGCUACAGAACCUCCUGUUGUGUCUGCAAAGGAGGCAUUAGGAAGAAAGAGAGCUCGUGGGCAUCCAUACAUGUGCUUUGAAUGCGUAGUAGCCCAUGUGCAAAGCAGCAAGUGCUGGGCACUACAAGGGGAGUGUGUAGAGCCCACCCUCAGGGGUCUCCACUUGCUUAGGGUGGACAAGACACUACAAGGCAGAAUGUUGUGAUGGCACAGGAGGAGUACAGGGUGAAUGCCACAGGAGUGCAGGAGAUGGAUCAAUCUUACACUGCUGGGGGCUCAAGAACAGCAUUUCCAAGAAGCAGGCCUUCUAUCAGGGCCUCAGAUGAUGAAGGGAAAGCAGGCCCAUGUAUGCAAUUGAUGGUGAGAUCAUGGAAACAGCUUAAUGAAGGCCAGAGGUGGGCCAAUUGGUCUGGGCCAAUGCCUUUGAUAUAAAAGCUAGAAAAGUAUGUUGUAGCUAAAUGUCCAACAUUUGGAAGACCAAGGACUUUGGAUCUAGUCUCUCAGCAGACACAUAAUCUCAAAAUUGUAGGGUAAAGGAAGACUUUGUGCUCUGUUCAGGCUUCAGUCUUAUAAAGACUGUCUAUUAUGCAGAAUACUCUUCUGCUACAACAAUAUUGUUCAAAACAGGGCUAGCAGUGGACUAUGAGUUUGUAACAUUCCAGCCACUCAAGCCCAGCCACAGUGAGCAGAGGAAUUAUGCCUCAUCCCAGAGCAAGGAGAUGCAGGGUUCUAUAGCUAUGGUCCACUCUUGAGUCUGUACAGAGGAUCCUGGCCUAGACUUACACAAGCUUCCCUUGACUAGGUCUCAGACACACAUGGCCUUCUACAGGCUGGUCCUGGUUGAACACAACUGAAUUAUACUGAUCAACCCAGACAUAGACCAGGCUCUGAAGUGAAGAAGAGAAGAAUCAUGCACUUUGGUGGCCAGCUGCCCUCUUAUACCCAGCCUUUGCAAUGUCUUUCUCAAGGUUGAAGAGGAAAGAUGGAAACUCCUGCUUCAGCCCACAGUUGAGCAUAUUCAGAAAACAGCCACUCCCAAAAUAUAUUAUAGGGAUAACACCUGGGAACCCUGGCCAGGUGGCUCAGUUUGUUGGAGCAUUUUCCCAUACACCAAAAGGUUAUGGGUUCAAUUCUCAAUUGGGACACAUACCUAGGUUGCAGGUUAAAUCCCCAUUGGGGGCGUGUACAUGAGGCAAAUGGUCAAUGUUUCUUUCUAACAUCAAUGUCUCCUCUCCCUCACCCUCUCUCUUUCUCAUCAAUAAACAUAUCCUUAGGAGAGGAUUAAAAAAACACCUUGGAAAUCCAUCUUAUCUGUUUUACUUACCAUGUAUACUUUUGUAAGCACAGUGGAUUCAAAGAAUGCACUUUGAUAGAUGAUGUUCAAAACUUCUCAAGAGUUUCACCUUACACAAAGCUCUCUUUUAAGCAGGAAUGGUUAGUAAAUUCCCUAGAACUUUACUAGAAGAUGACAUUCCUAGGUUGAGACAGCUUUCCUUUGGUAUAUAGUUGUGUGACUGUGGUGAUCACUAUUCCAUGUCCCCAGGUUCUAGCUGCUAACCAAGGCCAGAGAGACAGGUCCAUGGAAACAAGCCAGUUGGAAACCUGGUUCUGCCACCAUGAAGGGGAGCCCAGUUAGACCCAAGGUGCUUUAUCCCCUAGUUGGCUAGACAAGGUAGGGGCCAUGCCUGUCUCUCUGCAGUUGUACUGAACUGCCCGCUGCAGUUCCUGGCAUGUGUGGGUCUUUGAGUGGCCAGUACAGAACAGCAUUUCUUACUCUGAGGGCUUUUGGUUUCUGAGCAUGCCAGGAAUCUGAAUUAAAAUAAGUUAAUUCUUCCCCCUGGUGAAAAGUCCUAAUCUGUGGGUUCUUUUUCUUGCUUCAAAGACAGAGUAGUUCCUCCCAGAAGCUGUACUAGCUAGUGGUGUCCAUGGUUGAGGAGAGCCACCACACGUCUCUGCUUGCCUGACCUCCUCUUAAUGGAAAAAGUGCACCUGCUCCACCUAUUUGACCAUAAAAGCUGUGAUAUUUUCCUGGAUCAGAGAGGCCUUACCAGCAUGUCAGGACACAUUUCUGGAUGCACUGGAUUUCAGAUCUUGACUUUAGUCCCAGCUCUUAGCUAGCUCUGUGAUCUUAAGCAAAAUAACCUUUCUAAAACCUUAUUUUCCUGAUAUACAGAAUGGGGAGAAAAAUGCUUUAUAGAGUUGGUGUGAGGGUUGAAUGAGAAAAUGCUGAGCAAAGUGCCUGUAAGGUACUAAAAUAGUAAACAUUUAUUAGCUGCCAUUAUUAUUAUUCUUGUUAUUAUUGUACUCAGCAUUUCCUAAAGCAUAGUGUCCAGUACAACCCAGUGCUUGAGUGCAAUCUCCUGACGUUCUAGGGAAAGAUGUGCAUAUAGUUUGAAAUAUUUCUUUUUUUAAUAAAUUCUUUUGAUUUUUUUAUUUAUGGUUUGAAAGAGAGAGAGAUUUGUUGUUCCACUUAUUUAUGCAUUCAUUGUUUGCGUCUUGUAUGUGCCCUGACCAGGAUCGAACCCACAAUCUUAGCAUAUUGGGACAAUGUUCUAACCAACUGAACUACCUGACCAGAGCUGAGGUAUUUCUUAAUUUUUCAGACCUAGCCUCCUGGCUCCUCCAUUUAGUGUGCUCAAACAACUAAUCGUUUGUUGUUGUUUUUUUUAGUAUUGUUGUUAUGUUGUUUUUAAGCCCUGGUGCUUCUUGUCUGACUAUCAUACUUGUAAUUCAAAACUAGACUCUUCUGCCCUCCUGUUGUUAAUUAUUGUUAGGCAUUCAGCUUUGAAACAGCACUUUUCUUUCAAUCCUUUUUUUCACUUUAAUUGAUUACUGUCCCAGUAUUACAUGGAGAACUCUUAUAAAACUUUGACUAUCUGUUAGUUCUGUUUGUGAAGCAGGAUUGUUUGACACUAAGUAAUGAAACACAAAAGGAAAGUGAUUUGGAUGCUAGGGCUGAUAGAAGACUACAGCUGUCAAACACACUCAGGUUCAAUUUGUGUUCUUCAAGAAAUCAUUAUUGUUCUCACUGGUUGAUUAUAAUGAGCAAAUGUUUUGAAUUUGAACUUAUAAAAUCUUACUAAUAAAAGAUCACUUUCAUCUUGUUUUUCAUAUUGCAAUUCAAUGUCAAUUUCAUUUGGAGAAGGGGCCCCACUGGUGACACACCAGUGGGAGGUCGGGGUGACCAGCCAGAGGAUAAUUAGGAGCAAGACCCAGAGGACAGAAUGUAUGAGGCAGGUGAGGGACAGGAGGUGGUCCCAUUUUCAGGGUGGCUGAAGCA